AUGGCUAACGAAUCUCUCAUUGACAAGAUCCAUGACUUAAGUGACUUGGAGCUUGCAGCCCUCAUAUGCCUCGUUGCAAAAGAGCAUUGUAUCAUCGAUACAGAACCUGAUGCCCUCGAUGACCUGGUGGAGGAGCUAGAGCUGGUGACAGCGAACGUCUUUGGCCUUCCCCAUGCCGUGGUCGACUGCUCAGAGCACACUUCCCUGGACGAUUUCGCACAUGCCAUCCUCACGGUCGAAGGAAGCCCCGCUCGAUCCAAUUCUCCCAUACAUACGAGACACGAAUCAUACUUCCUCCAAACCCCCAACUUCCAAUCCAUCUCCCGUUCGCCCGUCUCCGAGACAUUCGCAGACAACAAAACAAUUGCCAAUGUCAUCAUAGCCAAGAACCUCGACGAAGCGCCGAAACCCGUCCAAAUCCAAGCGCUAGAGCUUAUGCGGACAGGGCGAAUUUAUACUAGAACAUCAGUUCAACAUGCCCCGAAGCAGUUUCUCUUUAUAGCAUUGUUGGCAGCCGGCGAGGGACCGAGAUUGACGAAGCAUUUAAACGAGUAUAUGUUUAUCUCGCAUUUCCAUGACCCCGAGCAUGGGUUUCCUAAUUUGGAAGAGAGGUUUGAUGAUGGAAACUCAAUUUCCUCUGUGGUGAAGAAGAGCCAGGACCUAGAAUCGGAGACCGCAUUGCAUCCGAGGAUAUCCACAACGGAUGUUGAACAGUUAGCUCAGUUGAGCGAACAUACAAUCACCAGUGUGGAAGUAAAGCAAUACCAGCAGAACAUAAUCUCCUUCCUGCGCCUUCAUCGUGCUGUAACAGGCGGUAUCUCUGCAGUAGCAACGAGGCAUUUUGACAAGCUCACAAAAUGUAUUGCGCCGCUACAUGGCCUCUCCUACGCCACACCUUCUCUCGUGGCCAUCGCAGCCAGGAAGAUAUAUCCUCAUCGUAUACAGAUCGUUGAGCCGGAGAAGGAGCGGAGUCGGCAAUGGGGCAGCGAUGUUGGUGCUGUGCGAACUCUGUUGGAGGGCAUUGGUCCUGAAGAUGUGAUAGAUGAGGUGUUGGGAAGUUCAGGGGUCGAGGCACCUUUAUAA